UUGGGAAAGGAUCACCCACACCCAACCAAUACUUCAGUUUCGCGGAAAAAAAAAUAUGAGUCUGUUACUGUAACGAGUUAUUUCCCGGGAAAUUUUACAGCCUGAUACCAAACGGUCUCACUAAUUUCUAUUUUCUACCCUGUACCCGCAAGCAUCCAAAUCUAACCCAUUCAUCUUCUUCAACCUCACCAGCACACUCUCUCUUUCCAGGAUUCCUCUGUCUCAACAUUGUCUUAUUCUACUAUGGAUGAUCCCACGAUUUCACCAUUGACAGUCCAGUCAGCUUCUUCGUCCCAGUUGAACGUUCCCACCACAAUGCCACGCCCAUCUCUGAAUCUUGAAACCCUAACUCCAUCGGACCACGUGAAACGCAUGAUCAAUUCCAACCAUUACAUUUCCCCGUCGAGAACGAUUUAUUCCGAUAGGUUUAUUCCCAGCAGAUCCAGCUCCAAUUUCGCCCUUUUUAAUAUCUCGUCGUCUUCGCCGCCGCCCUCGACUACCAAUCCUCCGGCUUCUGAUGGAGGGAAAGAAGACAGCUCAAGUGCCUACGCGGCGCUCCUCCGCGCUGCUUUAUUUGGGCCUUACACACCGGAUAAAAGGGAUUCGCCGGGACGCAAUAUUUUCCGAUAUAAGACGGAGACGAGGCAGUCAAUGCACUCGCUUUCGCCUUUUGGAUUUGAUGAAGAGAGACCUGGAGUUAGCCAUAGCCCGGUAAAGACUCCGAGGAAGGUGCCAAGAUCACCUUAUAAGGUAUUAGACGCACCUGCAUUACAAGAUGAUUUUUAUUUGAAUUUGGUGGACUGGUCUUCUCAUAAUGUAUUGGCAGUGGGGCUGGGGAAUUGUGUUUAUUUAUGGAAUGCUUGCAGUAGCAAGGUGACAAAAUUGUGUGAUUUAGGAAUUGAUGAUAGUGUGUGCUCAGUGGGAUGGGCUCAGCGUGGGACACAUCUAGCUGUUGGGACUAGCAAUGGCAAAGUCCAGAUCUGGGAUGCAUCUCGCUGCAAGAGAGUAAGAACCAUGGAUGGCCAUAGAUUACGUGUUGGGGCUUUGUCCUGGAGUUCAUCUCUGCUGUCUUCUGGCAGCCGGGAUAAGAGUAUUCUUCAACGGGAUAUACGUGCUCAGGAAGACUUUGUUAGCAAACUCUCUGGACACAAGUCAGAGGUCUGUGGAUUGAAGUGGUCUUAUGACAAUCGUGAGUUGGCAUCUGGUGGGAAUGAUAAUAGACUUUUUGUUUGGAAUCAACAUUCAACUCAACCUGUCCUAAAAUACUGUGAGCAUACUGCAGCUGUAAAAGCUAUUGCUUGGUCACCCCAUCUUCACGGACUUCUGGCAUCUGGGGGUGGGACUGCUGAUCGGUGUAUAAGGUUCUGGAAUACAACCACUAAUUCACAUCUCAGCUGCAUGGAUACUGGCAGUCAGGUGUGCAAUCUUGUGUGGUCUAAGAAUGUCAAUGAACUUGUCAGCACACAUGGCUACUCUCAAAACCAAAUAAUAGUAUGGAGAUACCCUGCCAUGUCAAAGUUGGCAACUCUUACGGGCCACACUUACAGAGUUCUUUAUCUUGCCAUCUCACCUGAUGGACAGACCAUUGUCACGGGAGCAGGAGAUGAAACUCUACGGUUUUGGAAUGUGUUCCCAUCUCCUAAAUCUCAGAAUACUGACAGUGAGAUCGGCGCAUCAUCUCUAAGAACGACAAUCCGGUGACUAAUGGCGAAUGCUUUUUGUUAAAUAUCUUGGGGGCUGUUUCAGCAGAGGCUGUAAAGGUCGUAAAUAUAUCAUGAGCUUGGAGCGUACAAAAUGACCCCCAUCAGAUUGGUUUUCUCGAACCAAUUUGCAAUCAGCCUGGAAAUUUCAGGAGUCUGAAACGGCUUAAAACACGAGUGGGGAUAUGAUGGAAUCUCUUAAUGGUUUCUGCAAAAUUAUUAAUUUUGUUUUUUGGUUCCUUUGAUUUAUAAAUUGUAUAGUGGGAGGUGUUUGUUUGUAUUAUUAAAUGCUUCUUGCAAUUGUAUACCAAUCAACAGGGGACAUCAAAAGAUGUUUUAGACAUUUUUCUGUAGCACAUAUUCAUAAUUUUUGUAAAUAAAUUAUUGUUAUUAAUCCAUAUUAUUCUAA